AUGAAAAAUCAUGAGGCUCGUCCCACUGGUACAGCUCCAUUCCCAGAAGUGAAUGUGGCAAGGCACAAUCACUAUGGGAAAAUUAUGGUUGCGGUCAUGCAUGCACUCUUGGUCUAUGCUUAUGAUUUUGGUUUUGAUCGUGGUCACAAUGGUACUCAUAAGAACACAUAUUUCCACCGGAAGUGGAAAAAUAUUGAAAUGAAUGAAAAAGAGGGUCAGAGUAGCAAAACAAAUGAAAAUACUUGCCAUCGUUGUGGAGGAAAAGGUCAUUGCAGUCGCACUCCAAAACACCUUAUUGAUCUUUAUAAAAAAUCACUAAAAUAUAAAAAAGAAAGGAUUGAGACUCACUUUGCUAAUGAAGAUGAUGAUCCAGAUUACGACAAUAUAGAUGUUACCUAUUUAGAUAUAGGUGACUUCUUUGCUGAUCCAGAUGGAAAAAUUGAUCACCUUAUUGGAGAUGGAAUUGUCAAGAAAUAA